GGAUCAUAUAAAAGCAGUACUCAUGAAUAUAUUUGUUGGUGGAACGGACACGAGUGCAGCAACGAUAAUUUGGGCAAUGACAGGCCUGAUAAAGACUCCAAACGCGAUGAAGAAAGUACAGGAAGAAAUCAGAGAUCAGGUUGGAAAUAAAGGUCGAGUGGACGAAGAUGAUUUGGGGAAACUUCCCUAUCUAAAGGCAGUACUAAAGGAGACUUUGAGAUUGUACCCUCCAACUCCACUUCUAUUGCCAAGAGAAACAAUGAAAAGCUGCGUUAUAGAGGGAUAUGAAAUCCAACCCAAAAUCAUAGUUUACGUCAAUGCAUGGGCCAUUGCAAGAGAUGCUGAGUAUUGGGAAAAUCCCACGGAAUUCUGGCCCGAAAGAUUCUUAAAUAGUUCUGUUGACAUCAAAGGUCAGGAUUUCGAGUUUAUCCCAUUUGGAUCCGGUAGGAGAAACUGCCCCGGGAUGUCUCUAGGACUUGCAACGGUGGAGCUUGCACUUGCCAAUCUUCUCUACUCUUUCGACUGGGAAUUGGCUCGUGGGAUGAAGGCCGAAGAUAUUGACACAGACGUUUUACCAGGAAUUACAAUGCAUAAGAAAAAUGCACUUUGUCUUGUGCCUAGAAACUACUUGUGCACAUAGUGCUCGGUCAGGAAAGAUUUCAGCUUUCAACUAUGUAAAAUAUAGUGAAUUGGUGUGUACCCUUUGAGGUUUGUUGAUUGUUGGCAUUGUUUCAUUGUGAAAUAAUGUUUCUUAGCAUUUGUACUCUUCUCCUUGUAUGCUAGACUGAUUAAAUUCAAAAUAAGUACUUAAUCUACAGUUUCCCUUGUCAGAGAAGAUCAAUACAUGUUUCCUUUUUUUUUU